GUCCGCACGAUGCCCGCCUGGGGAGCCCUGUUCCUGCUCUGGGUUACAGCAGAGGCCACCAAGGACUGCCCUAUCCCAUGCACCUGCCGGGCUCUGGAAACCAUGGGGCUGUGGGUGGACUGCAGGGGCCGGGGACUCACGGCCCUGCCUGCUCUGCCAGCUCACACCCGUCACCUCCUGCUGGCCAACAACAGCCUGCACUCUGUGCCCCCGGGAGCCUUUGACCACCUGCGCCAGCUGCAGACCCUCGACGUGACACAGAACCCCUGGCACUGUGACUGCAGUCUCACCUAUCUGCGCCUCUGGCUUGAGGACCGCAAGCCCGAGGCCCUGCUGCAUGUCCACUGCGCUAGCCCGGGCCUCGCCACCCACCUCCCACUGGGCCAGCUGACAGGCUACCAGUUGGGCAGCUGUGGCUGGCAGCUGCGGGCACCCUGGGCCUCCCCUGGGAUCUGGUGGGACAGGGUGUUGAUCGCCAUGGCUGCACUAGGCCUGGUUCUCCUGACUGGCCUGCUGUACGCCAUCUCAGAGCCCCUGAACUGAGCCCAGGCCCCACAGACUUCCCCCAAGGCCAGGGGACCAGUCCCUGAGGCAGCUCCCCAGACCCCACCAACUCUGAUCAGCCCAAACCAUGAGAAGCCCAAAAUAAACGGACUGCUCAGCCAUUUUAUUUAAGUUCA